GCAGACCCUGGAAGACUCGGCGGCCGGAGAGGCAGGCUGUUCCCCGCAGCUCCCGGCGCUUCCAGGCAGCCCUCCGAGCGGAACCAGAGGCCCGACCCGCCCUCCCCAGCCCCGAGCCAUGAUGAAGACCCUGUCCAGCGGGAACUGCACGUUCAGCGUGCCCGCCAAGAACUCGUACCGCAUGGUGGUGCUGGGCGCCUCCCGGGUGGGCAAGAGCUCCAUUGUCUCUCGCUUCCUCAACGGCCGCUUCGAGGACCAGUACACGCCCACCAUCGAGGACUUCCACCGGAAGGUCUACAACAUCCGCGGCGACAUGUACCAGCUGGACAUCCUGGACACGUCCGGCAACCACCCCUUCCCUGCCAUGCGCAGGCUCUCCAUCCUCACAGGGGACGUCUUCAUCCUGGUGUUCAGCCUGGACAGCCGGGAGUCCUUCGACGAGGUCAAGCGCCUGCAGAAGCAGAUCCUGGAGGUCAAGUCCUGCCUGAAGAACAAGACCAAGGAGGCGGCGGAGCUGCCCAUGGUCAUCUGCGGCAACAAGAACGACCACAGCGAGCUGUGCCGCCAGGUGCCCGCCACCGAGGCCGAGCUGCUGGUGUCGGGCGACGAGAACUGCGCCUACUUCGAGGUGUCGGCCAAGAAGAACACCAACGUGGACGAGAUGUUCUACGUGCUCUUCAGCAUGGCCAAGCUGCCCCACGAGAUGAGCCCCGCCCUGCACCGGAAGAUCUCCGUGCAGUACGGCGACACCUUCCACCCCAGGCCCUUCUGCAUGCGCCGCGUCAAGGAGACGGACGCCUACGGCAUGGUCUCGCCCUUCGCCCGCCGCCCCAGCGUCAACAGUGACCUCAAGUACAUCAAGGCCAAGGUCCUCCGGGAGGGCCAGGCCCGGGAGCGGGACAAGUGCACCAUCCAGUGAGCGGGAGGGACGCCGGGGUGGGGCUCGGGCAGGGCCUUGUGGGAGGCGGCCCGGAUGCCCGCACCCCCCAAGAGACCCCCAAUGGCAGUCGUUGGCGCCAGACUGGAGGACCCCAGCCUGGAACCUCUGAACCUUCUCUUGCCUUCCUGCCUCCGCCCUCUGAUUCCACGGAUCCCCCUGGUCCCAGCUCCGCCGGGCGGGGACGGAUCUCCGCAAGCAGGAGACGAGGCUGGGAGACAGCUGGACUGGAUGCAGGGACCCAAGUCGAGCCUUCCUGGCCUUGGGUCAUAAGAAACUCUGAUGCCAGAGGGGCCAGGACCCCUGCACCCCACAGGGCCUCCUGGGACGGCGCCAGGAUGAAAACAGCACCCAGAGCAGCCGGGAGAGCUCGGCUGUCCUGGCGUGAGACCCAGCUUGGCUCAGCUGGCAGCUAGGACAGCCCCUGCACUCCCAAUCCCGAAACUCUUGCCCUCUGGCUCAGCUGUUUCUACCCCUGCCCCCCACGUGGGCCCCGGCUGUCCGGGACCUCAAGCCAGGGGCAUCUGUGUGUGGAAGGGGGUGCAGCCACGUCUCUGGGGCCACGUCCGUCUCCAGGACCACCUGCCUCCCUCGCCUCCUCUCCCAGGUUCCCCCGUCUGCUGGUUUACUUUGUUGUUACAGCUGUUCUCACGUCGUGUGUAGCGUAGGAAUGGAAAUCCUUGUACUGUAAAAGCCUAGUGACCCCUCGUUGGCCAGGCCCCCACCCAGUUCACGUCCACUGCCUCCCCCGCGCCCCGACGGGGUCCCAUGGCCUGUCUGCAGCUGGACACUGCCCUCCAUCUGAGCUUUACAGUCCACACUCCCCCAGGCCGGGCUGGGCGUCUGGCCGCUUCUGCCCCAGCACCCUAAUCCCCCCGCGCCCACCCGAGCUAGUUCAGGACAGAGCUCCAUCUAGAACCAGGCUCUCCUCGGUGCUGGGGCCACUGUGUGCUGGAAACGGGGUGAGUGAUGCACUUUGUGACCCCAAGGCCAGGGCCUUCCCCAGGCCUGGCCUCUUUCCCCUCCCCUGCCCACCUCUGCCCACCCUGCUGUCCCACUGCCUUCCGCACACACACACAGCUGGCGGGAGGCUUGGAGGAGCAGCCGGGAGCCAGAGCCGAGCUGGAAGAAGCAGGUGUAAAGACUCCCAGUGGGUCUUUUUCUCGUGCUGGGGAUGGGGCGGUACUGGGUACCAGGCCUGCUGGGAUUUGAACCUCUAGACCAAACGCUCUUGUCAUCAGCUCUUAAAUACAGUUUGUACUUUAAUUUUCUGAAAAUAUUGAUGUUUAGGGCCACAAAGAACCUUAAUAAUCACCUAGUGACUCUUUCCAAGGCCCAGAGAGGGUAAGCAACUUGCCCGAGGUCACACAGCAAGUCAGAGUGGCAGACGCAGGGCUAGAUCUGGGCAUUCAGCACACACCAUGAUGUGUGUCCUCUCCUCAUGCUGCCUCUGAGGCUCCUGUGGAUUCGGUGUACAUUGUGCCCACAUAGGCAGUGUACACACCUGCGAACACACAUACACACAAGCCCUAGCCUCGGCUCUGCACACCCUCCGCCCGCGCCCUGGCCCCUGCUGCUCACUGCAGCAGUCCUGACCUGCAUCUGUGCCCCUGCCCAUCCUGCCCCGACCCUUCCGAUACCUUGGCCAGGACAGGUGUGCGGCCUGGCCUCACCCAGAUCUCUGUAUCCUCUCUAAUAUUAAAGUGGGUUUGUUUCUAA